AUGUCUGCCACAUUGUACGAGGACGAAGUUAUGCACUGGAGCAACCAGAAUAAAAACACGGAAAAUUUGACGACCUUGAGGCCUCUGGAAAAAUUUGUUAUCAUUCUUGCCAUGAAGGAUAUGAAUGCCGCUAAAUUGGCAGUAGAUGAUGUUGCAUUGUUUACCGGCAUUACAACAGACCUUUUCCCUACGACAACGAUUCCCACAAUGGACUACAGCUACAUGACAGAGUACAUAAUAAAAGAAGCGAUCGGUUUAAACUUACAGCCUACUACAAAUCUAUUGACAAAAGUCAUUGAAUUAUAUGAGACAAAAAACUCUAGACAUUCGACAAUGAUUAUUGGAGAAUCCAAUUCUGGGAAAUCAGUAACCUGGAAAACCUUACAUAAUACAAUUACAGCAAUGAAAAAACAUGGAAAAUUUGGCUUCGAGGCGGUACAUGUAUAUCCGAUCAAUCCGAAAGCACUAAGCCUGGGCGAAUUAUAUGGUGAAUAUAAUCUUAAGACUGGAGAAUGGUUCGACGGAGUCAUCCCAGCAAUUAUGCGAAAAACUUGCUCUGAUGAGAGCUUCGAUGAGAAAUGGAUACUUUUCGAUGGUCCAAUUGAUGCUCUUUGGAUCGAGAACAUGAAUAGCGUAAUGGAUGAUAACAGAAUCUUAACUCUGGUCAACAACGAACGUAUAAUAAUGCCCAAGCAGGUGUCAUUACUAUUUGAAGUACAAGAUUUAGCAGUAGCUUCCCCUGCUACCGUGUCACGGGCCGGCAUGGUGUACAAUGAUUACCAGCAACUAGGAUGGCAACCAUUUGUCAACUCGUGGCUCCAAAAUUACCCUAAUGCUCCAGAAUUCGUUGAAGAAAUGAAAAAAUUAUUUCAUCAGUUCGUGGAUGAAUUGCUCAUUUUUAAAAAAGAGAAAUGCUCCGAAACAAUUCCAAUUCCUGAACUAAACGCAGUCGAAAGUCUCUGCAAGCUUUUAACAAUAUUUGCAACUGCAGAAAAUGGAGUCGAGUUAACGACAAACAGAGAAGAAUUCAACUUUUUGUGCAAAAUAUUGUUUCUUUUCUGCAUGAUUUGGUCACUCUGUGGAUCCGUUGACGAAGUAGGAAGAGAGCGAAUAGAUAACUACAUAAGGGAAUUGGAAGGGGCUUUUCCCCUUCAGGAUACAGUGUACGAGUAUUACGUCGACGUCAGACACUGCAGGUUUAUCUCUUGGGAGGAAAAAUUACCUCUUGGCUGGCGCUAUCAAUCUGAAAUGCCAUUUUUCAAGAUUGCUGUCCCCACGGUCGAUACUAUUAGAUAUGAAUAUCUGGCGAAAAAUCUUUUGGAAAAUAACCAACCAGUCCUCCUACUUGGUCCCAUCGGGGCAGGAAAGACCUCAAUUGCGCAAGGGGUAUUGCAAUCAUUCAAUCAAACUAAGCACAGUUGUCUCACCAUCAAUAUGUCUAGCCAAACAUCUUCACAUCAAGUACAAGAAAUAAUAGAAAGCAAAUUGGAAAAACGUACAAGGUUAACUUACAUUCCGGCUGCGGGAAAAAUUCUGGUGACUUUCAUGGAUGAUUUCAACAUGCCAAUGAAAGAUACGUAUGGCUCUCAACCGCCGUUACAACUGAUUCGGCAGUUCAUCGAUUAUCAAUUUUGGUAUGAUCGUCAAAAUCAAAAUCGCAUGUACAUCCAGAAAAUAAACCUAAUAGCCGCUAUGGGUCCCCCGGGUGGUGGACGUAACACGAUUACAGAACGGCUUCUUACGAAGUUCAGCAGCAUCAACAUCACGUUCCCUACAGAUAAACAGAUUCUUAGAAUUUACACUAUUUUGUUGAACCAACAUCUAUUUGAUUUCCAUCCCGAGGUGAAAGGAAUCACUGAUGAGAUCACAUUAUCAACACUGCAAAUAUACAAGAACAUGACUCAAAUAAUGUUACCAACGCCGUUGAAAAUUCACUACAUGUUCAACCUUCGAGACAUUUCCAAAGUAUUCCAAGGACUUUUGAGAAGCCAUAAAGAUUAUCAAUAUUCUCGUUCAACUUUUCUUCGUCUAUGGGUUCACGAAACUUUCCGAGCUUUCAAUGAUCGAUUAAUCACUGAGCGGGACCGUGAGUGCUUCAUCGCACAAAUGAAUGACCAACUAGACAAAUAUUUUGAGCUGCCUUUCCACCAUCUUUGUCCAGAAAAACGAAGUCCUAUAUUCGGUAACUUCAUGAACCCUUGGAAUAUAUACGAGGAUCUUUCUGACACUGCCGCUGUGCGCCGUUUCAUUGGAAUGCAAAUGGAUGAAUAUAAUACGUUUACUGGUGUGGUGAAGUUGGAUCUCAUUCUCUUCAUAGAUGCGAUUGAACACAUCUGCCGCAUUAUACGAGUGAUUUCACAACCAAACGGACACAUGCUAUUAGUUGGAAUUGGAGGUAAUGGACGACGAUCAUUGUCGAGAUUAGCCGGUUACAUUAGUGAACUAAAAUCCUUUCAUAUCGAGGUGACUAAACGCUACGGAGUACCUGAGUUCCGAGAAGACAUGAAACGUCUCUAUUCUCAAGUUGGUGUUGAUAACAUACCUACUUGUUUUCUUCUCAAUGAUACUCAGGUUGUAGUGGAACAUUUUCUCGAAAUCAUCAACAGCAUGCUUGGAACCGGUGAAGUAACAAACUUAUACAACCUCAAUGAAAUGGAAGAUAUUCGAAAUCGUCUGACGACCGCCACAUCUAAAAGUGGAAUUUCACCUACACUUGAAUCUGUUUAUCUUGUCCUCAUUAAUCGCCUACGUGUUAAUCUACGGAUGAUACUCUGCAUGAGUCCUGUUGGUGACAAAUUCCGUAACCGUCUGAGACAAUAUCCUUCGCUUAUAAAUUGCACGACGAUAGAUUGGUUUCUUCCUUGGCCCAAAGAUGCUUUACUAGAAAUAAGCAACAAGUAUCUUCUAGAUCUCAAUUUAAUUAGUACGAUCACGGGAGAAGAUAAACCAAGGAGGUCGGAAGCUGAAACUCCCAUUCUACCUCUUCAAGAACGAAUGCGGUAUAGUAUCUCCUCUUCAUUUGCACUCCUUCAUGACUCAGCCGUGCAACAUUCCGCAAAAAUGUUGACUGAGAUGAACCGACAUAACUACGUGACACCAUCACAUUUUUUGGAACUCGUUCUUCGAUACAAAAAGAUGUUAAUUUCAAAAAGACGAACUCUCGUUGAACAAUCAGCCAAACUUAGAUGUGGCCUCUUCAAGAUUGAUGAUGCAAAGGAGAAAGUGAGCGACAUGGCAAAAGAGUUGGAAAUAAUGCAAGAGCAAGUUCUCCAAUCAACAAAAAAUUGUGAGAGAUUCUUGCUCAACAUCGUUAAUCAAAAACGAGACACUGAUGAAGCGGAAAAAAGUAUUAAGAUUCGAUCGGCGAAAAUUACAGAAGAAUCAAAAGAAUGUAAAAGACUGGAGGAAAUCGCUCGCGCAGAUCUUGUUUCUGUGGAACCUGCCCUUGAAGAAGCCACGAAAGCGCUUGAUACACUCAAUAAAAAGGACUUGGCCGAAAUUAAAUCGUUUGCACGUCCACCGCCAAAACUAGAAAUAGUCAUGGCUGCCAUUAUGAUACUGAAAAAUUCAGAACCAACGUGGAGUGAAUCAAAAAAGCAACUAGGGGAUGUCAACUUCUUGACAAGUCUUCGUAACUUUGAUAAGGAUCACAUAACAGAUGCAACCCUAAAAAGAAUAGGGAAAUAUACGUCCAAUCCUGAGUUUGAUCCUGAAAAAGUUGGGCAGGUGUCAAUCGCAGCGAAAUCCCUGGCGAUGUGGGUUGUCGCCAUGGAAAAUUAUGGAAAACUUUACAGAAUCAUAGCACCAAAAAGAGAAAAGCUAGCCUCUGCACUGGAAUCUUUACAUGAAAAAGAAAAUGCCCUAGCCACUGCUGUAGCACAGUUGACAACAUUACAAGAAGAAUUGAAGAGACUUCAAACAAACUAUGAUGAAAAAAUGAAUGAAAAAGAAUAUCUAAUUAGACUGGCUGAGGAACUUACAUUGAAAUUGAAGCGGGCUGCAAUGCUGGUGGAGGGCUUAUCCGGGGAACGUAUACGUUGGGAGAAAACUCUCGAAAUUCUUUCCCAACUUUAUGAACGUUUACAUGGCGACUGCCUUAUAUGUAGUGGUUACCUAUCCUAUUUUGGUCCAUUUACAUCUAUUUAUCGGAAUGAAAUGAUCAAGAUUUGGGUAAAUGAGGUUACAACGACCGGAAUCCCCUUCUCAGAUAAUUUUGACAUUGCCGCAUUUCUGAGUGACUCGACAACAAUUAGGGAGUGGAAUAUUCAGGGUUUGCCUUCCGACAGUUUCAGUACAGAAAAUGGAAUUAUUAUAAGUCUUGCCAUACGAUGGCCUCUCAUUAUUGAUCCACAGUGCCAAGCUGUUAAGUGGAUCAAAAAUAUGGAAUUUGGAAAUGGGCUCCAAGUUAUAGAUUUCGGCUCCCUCGACUUUGUGGCAACGCUUGAACGAUCACUACUUUUGGGAACGCCCGUACUUCUAGAAAAUGUUGGUGAAACCCUCGAUCCGGUGUUGAAUCCAAUUUUGCACAAAUCGUUAGUUAAAUUAGGUGAUAGUUCCGUGAUGAAAUUUAAUGAUAAGAUGAUUGGUUAUAAUGAUAAAUUUCGUUUUUUCAUCACGACGAAAUUACCCAACCCGCACUAUUCUCCAGAGAUAUCCACAAAGACGACGUUAUGUAACUUUGCCAUUAAGGAACAAGGUUUGGAAGCCCUCCUCCUUGGUAUCGUAGUUCGAAGAGAGAAACCGAAUUUAGAAGAGCAGAAAGAUACCUUGGUGCUUACAAUUGCAAAAGGCAAAAGGACACUAAGAGAGCUUGAAGAGAAAAUUCUUCAAUUACUUACCGUGGCAUCAGGACCUCUCCUCGAGGACCUAGAUCUCCUUAACACUCUGCAGUCAGCAAAAGUAACUUCCGUUGCUGUUGAAGAGUCUCUGAUUACUUCUGUGAAAACGGAGCAGGAAAUUGACAAAGCGAGGGCAGCAUACAGAACUUGUUCACAACGUGCGGCUACUCUAUUUUUCGUUUUAAAGGACAUGAGUCACGUCGAUCCAAUGUAUCAAUUUUCUUUAGAUUCUUAUAUUGUUCUGUUCAAAAUAUCUAUCGACAAAAGCCCGAAGAGAGACAAUCCUAACGAAAGAAACGAUAUCUUAAAUGACUACCACACAUACGCAGUAUACCAAAAUACGUGUCGGGGAUUAUUCGAAAAAGAUAAACUGCUUUUCUCUUUCAACAUGUGUUGGAAAAUCCUCGAAGCGCGAGGGGAAACGAUCCCGCUAGAAUACGAUUUCCUUCUGAAAGGUGGAACAGCACUGGAACGUGAAAAUCAGCCGGACAAACCCGUCAACUGGGUGACACGUGAAACCUGGGACAAUCUCACAGAACUUGAUAAACUUUCCGGCUUUCAUGGAGUUGCUGCGUCUUUCGAACAGCUCUCAAGAGAUUGGUACAAUUGGUACAUAAAUACGGAACCAGAAACGAAAUCGUUGCCAGGAGAAUGGGAAGCCAAUCUCAAUGAAUUUCAAAAGAUGCUCGUUAUCCGUAGCUGUAGAUUGGAUCGGAUGACAGUUUGCAUUACCUCAUUUGUUAUGCACAAUCUCGGUGAAAGAUUUGUUGAACCACCUGUAUUAGAUAUAAGAGCAGCCUUUAAGGAUUCAAUUCCCGAGACACCACUUAUAUUUAUUCUUUCAUCGGGAGUCGAUCCUUCCAGUCCCCUACUACAAUUGGCGGAAAGUCUGGGUAUGAGUCAUAAGUUUAUGACACUAUCACUAGGGCAAGGGCAAUCACCGAUAGCGAGGGGAUUGAUACAAAAGGGUGCUAAAGAAGGAGCCUGGAUCUUUCUCACAAAUUGUCAUCUCUCUCUCAGUUGGAUGCCUGAAUUGGAAAAAAUUAUUGAAGGACUUGCCGAUGAUAAAGCUACACAUCCAGAAUUUAGACUAUGGUUGAGUUCGAGCCCAUCGCGAGAAUUUCCCAUAUCGAUCCUUCAAGCAAGCGUGAAAAUGACUACGGAACCGCCAAAGGGAUUGAAAUCUAACAUGAAACUUCUCUAUGGAUCAAUCACAGAGGACCAGUUUAACGUCUGUAAGGCUGCAAUGAAAUAUAAGAAACUUCUUUUUACCCUCGUCUUCUUUCACUCAAUAUUACUCGAACGCAGAAAGUUUCAGCAACUAGGCUGGAACAUUAUUUAUAAUUUCAACAACUCAGACUUCGAAGUCUCUGAAAAAUUACUCCGAAUAUAUCUUGAUGAAUAUCCAGAGACACCUUGGGAUUCUUUAAAAUAUCUAAUCGCCGGGGUGUGCUAUGGUGGUCACAUUACCGAUGACUGGGAUCGUCGCUUACUGAUGACAUAUGUCCAACAGUAUUUCACAGAGGAUGCAAUUUUCUUACCUCACUACCGUCUGUCAUCCCUCCCCACAUACUACGUACCUAAAGACGGUUCAUUUCAAUCAUAUUUUGAUUUUAUAACAAUGCUUCCAAAUACGGAUGAACCCGAAGCCUUUGGGCAACAUAUCAAUGCUGACAUCACUUCUUCAAUUCUUGAAGCGCAAUCUCUCUUCAAUACUCUCAUGAGUAUGAGCUUACAAACGCAAGUUGCUUCUUCAGAAAAGAGCACUAAAGAAGAUACGGUUAUACAAGUAGUGAUUAAUAUGAAGGGUAGACUCCCGGAAGGAAUAAAUUAUGAAAAUACAAAAAAAUUGAUAGGUUCAAGAAAGAAACCGUUGGAUGUGGUACUCCUUCAAGAAAUUUCUCGAUAUAAUAACUUACUCAUGAGAACAAAAUCAAGCUUGAAUGAUCUUGAACGUGGUAUUAAAGGGCUUGUUGUGAUGUCCGAAGCCCUUGAGGAGAUAUUCAUGUAUGUUUAUGACGGCCGCGUGCCUCCUGCCUGGUUAACCAGCUAUCCAUCGUUGAAACCACUCGGAUCGUGGACGUGUGAUCUCGUCAGCCGAAUCGAACACUUUGCCAAAUGGGCGGAAACCACUCAUCCGCCUUUACUCUUUUGGCUUGGGGCCUACACCUUUCCAACUAGUUUUCUAACCGCUGUACUGCAAACAUCAGCGAGACUGUGGAACAUAUCUAUUGAUUCGUUUUCCUGGAGCUUUGCUGUUCUAGAUGAAAAUGCUAUUGCCAAUAGACCACCCUCUGACGGUGUGUUUAUUCGAUCCAUUUUCCUGGAAGGUGCAGGAUGGGACAGAAAACGUGGCACGCUCACUGAACCAGCCCCCAUGCAGUUAAUCUAUGAAAUGCCGGUUAUUCAUUUUCGUCCAAUCGAGCAACAUAACAAGAAGUCAAAGGGUUUAUAUGAUUGUCCAUGCUAUUAUUGCCCAGUGAGGGCCGAAACGACCAACAACUCAGGAUUCGUUGUGACAGUCAACCUCGACAGUGGAUAUCAGACUCCUGAGUUCUGGAUCAAACGGGCCACAGCCCUUCUACUCACUCUUGCUACUUAAUACUAUCAAUUAUCAUCUAAAUCUCCCAUUUAAUAGUUGUUUUUACUUAAAUUUUUUUUUUUCGUCCACUUUAUUAUCGACCCGUUGACUAUCAA